AUGAUGAGAAGGUAUGAAAUGACUGACUUAGGUCUGUUAUAUCACUUUCUUGGUAUGGCAGUGAUUCAAACUGAAACUUGCAUUUUCAUAAACCAAAAGAAAUAUGCACUGGUAUUAUUGAGCAAGUUUGGUUUGAAACAAUGUAAGCCAGUUAGUACUCCUCUCGUGACAAGUGAGAAACUGUGCAAGGAUGAUGGAAGUGAACCUACAGAUGAGAAUGAAUACAGACAUAUUGUGGGUAGCUUAUUGUAUCUAACAGCUACAAGACCUGACAUAAUGUUUGCAGCUAGCCUAUUAGCUCGGUUCAUGCAUUUUCCAACAAAGAAACACUAUGGAACAGCUAAGAGGGUGCUGAGUGGAGUAUUUUCUUGGGCAUCAGUCAAACAACACAGUGUAGCUCUCUCCAUAGCUAAAGCUGAAUAUGUCAGCAAAAGUGAAGCUACUACACAGGCUAUAUGGCUGAGGUUUGUGCUAGAAGACUUUGGAGAAUUGCAAACUGAUGCAACCCCAUUAAUGGUGGAUAAUACCUCUGCCAUUGCAAUAACAAGAAAUCCAGUUUUCCAUCAGAAAACCAAGCACGUCAACUGCAGGUAUCAUUUCAUCCGAGAUGCUUUGCAAGAUGAGGUAGUGUACUUGAGGUACUACAAGUCUGAAGAACAAGUGGCUGACAUUUUUACUAAAGCUCUGUCUAAAGAUCGGUUCAACUAUCUGAGAGGAUUGCUUGGUGUUAAACCAGUUAACAAUUUAGAAGGGAGUGUUGAAGUAUAA